AUGUACGAGCAAGGGCAGUGCGGCCGCGUGCUCCCGCCRCACCCCGGCUCGCUGCAGGUGAUCCACGGCAACGGCACAGCCCUGGGGACCGUCAUAACCUUCCAGUGCCCRGCCGAGCACCAGCUGGAGGGGCAGGCCCUCAUCAGCUGCGUGUGGAAGGGCAACGGGACGCAGUGGACCGCCGGAGUGCCCGCGUGCAAGCCUGUAUCAAAAUAUGAGACGUUCGGAUUCAAGGUAGCAGUGAUAGCCUCCAUAGUGAGCUGUGCCAUCAUUCUGCUGAUGUCUAUGGCUUUUUUGACUUGUUGUCUCAUCAGAUGCGUGAAGAAAAGUGAAAGAAGGAGAACUGAAAGAGAUAUGCAGCUCUGGUACCAGCUCAGAAGUGAAGAACUGGAGAACAUGCAAGCUGCUUACUUUGGUUAUAAAGGAAGGAAUAACAACAACAACAAAAAACUCAGGAAUAAAUCAGCGUUCGAGGACGUGACUAGCAUCGCCUAUGACAACCAAGGCUUCUACAGGUUGCAGGAGGAGUGGACGCGGGACGCGGCAGCUCCGGGAUGCAGCAAGGACAGCGCCCGCCCGCCCGGGCUGCGCGCMGCCAGCGGGGCGCCCGCGCCGCCAGCGGGGCCGGGACCCAGCGCCGCGGCUCCCCACGCCACUUGUGUGCACCUUGCUGAGGUCCACGGACACGCGUGGGACAGCCGGAGCAGACCCAGCUCCCACAUACCCGGCUAG